AUUUCUCUAAAGGAGGAAGAAACUGCUCAUCAUCGUUCCUAGAUUCUCUCUUCCAAUCUGUUCUUAAAUUAUGUCUUCCCUAGGAGGUUCACUCUUUGAAAUUUUAAAAUUUAUGCUUCCCAUAAACUAAUUUAACAAAAUUAACCGGUAUUUUCGAUCAACAUUCAUAUUAUGGAUAUUUACCUAAUGAUGGGACUGUCAGCGAAUCAUUGAAAUUAAGUUUCAAUGUGAAAGAAACGAGAUUACUCUACUUUCUGCAGGAAUACGGAUAUGAAAUAUAGCUCGAUUAUUGUGGACGAGCUCACUCUGACCAGAAGUUCAAAGUUCAUUCCAAGAUGCAUCAUUCUCGCUUUCAUCACUGGUUUCCUAUUCUACGGAUUCUACUCUGUCGUCAAAGUUCCAGUCAAUGGUUUGACAUCCGGUCAUUUCGAAUCUUCUGGUGACCCACUGUGUGAUUGUUUCCAAGAUACAGCUCAACUAGAUAAGCAGAUAGUAUUUUACAACAGAGUGCCAAAAUGUGGAAGCACAACUUUGAUAGCUCUUAUGCGCAAACUGGCCACUUUGAACAAUUUCAAACACAUCCAUUCCAAAAUAUACAACAGGAGAAAAGUGGACGAAGAAGAACAACGCAGAAUCGUGAAAUGGGUUGAAAGUACUUCUUCACCUUGCAGCUUGGAUAGACAUGUCUUCUUUAUCAAUUUCACGAAAUUUGGAGAAAGACCCCCUAUUUAUAUCAACGUUAUACGUGAUCCAGUUGAACGAAUCAUUUCAUCCUUUUUCUACAGGAGAAUGGUAGCAAGGCAAAACAAGACAAGCGUGAAACCAAGUGCUUAUUGGUUAAAUAAAAAAUUCGAACACUGCGUUUUAGCAGGUGAUCCAGAAUGCACCCUUGUUGAAGGACAAAACAACACUUUAUUGCAGUUGCCGUACUUCUGCGGUCAAGAUAGCAUAUGCCAAAAUAUUAACGAUCCAGACGCAGUUUUGAAAGCAAAGCAAAACAUUGAAAAAUACUAUGCUGUAGUUGGAACUCUAGAGGAAAUGAAUAUUACAUUGCAGGUUCUAGAGGCAACUUUACCGCAAUUCUUCAAGAGAGCCUUCCAGAUAUAUCAUAAUUCAGGUUAUCACCUUAAUCAGAAUGUUCAAAAAGGAUUUGUUAAGGAAGAAGUGAAAGCUCUUUUGAAAGCCAACCUUACAGCUGAGUACGAUCUGUACUAUUUCGUACAGCAGAGGCUUCACAAACAAUAUCAAAAAUUAUCUGAAAGCAGACAAAAUGUCGAGAAUGAAGCUUUAUUUGAACAAAUCGAUGAAAUGCUAAAUUGGUAAACGUACUGUGAACUGAAAAAAAAAAAUUCACCCUAAAUAACUUUCAUUUUAGUGAUUGAAUUUUCAAGAACCAUGAGCCAUUUUUAUUGGUUCCACUUAUUUCGUUCAAAUUUUGUUAUGUGAUAUUUAAAACUACAAUCUAUUUAUAUUGCAAAAAUUUAUAGACCAAAUUACUCAAAAAUUCGAUCAUUAUUAAAAAUUAAUUUUUACAGAGAACUAUUUUUUGGAUACAUGAAGUUCAUAAUUAUGUGGAAAAAAUUUUCAAUGACCUUAACAUAUUUCCGAGUAAUGGCGGAAUAUGCAAAAAGGAAAAUUAACAUUAAGGGGUCAAAACUUUUGAAUUCUGACAAAACUAUAUUAAACAUAUUUAAAAGUUUUCGGUAGCUCAUAGUAUUUUGAUGAUCAGAAAUCCAAAUACAUUGAAAAAGAAGUACUUUUGUUCAGAGAAAGUACACAUUUGUGCCUGAUUCUGUAACUUAGUUAAUAGUUAGCACUAAUUAAUAAUUAUAUUUAAGGUUAACACUUUGUACCAUUGAGUAUGAAUUUUAGUGAGUGAAAAUAUGAUCAUUAGAACGAAAGUUGUUUAGGGUAAUACUUUUUCUUCUUAGCUCACUGCACAGUAUUGAAUAUUUCUAACCAAUAGCACUGGGAGAUAUAAGAAUCUUAAUUUUGCGGUAUUUAAAUAAGGCAUUUGUUAGGAAAUGUUGAUAAUUCGAAAUAUAUCUUUGUUAAUAUUUUUCCAUGUUACAAAUUGACAAUAUUUUUAUAUAAAAUAGUUAUUAUCAAUAACAUUUGAAAUAUUAUCACAGUAAAAAUCUAUUGAUGUUGUUGAUAAUAAUUGCAAUAUUACUGAGCUCAAUAUUCAUCAACAUUCAAUAAAUAUUAUUUCUAAGAACUAUGGUGCAUUCCAUUAUAGUAAGAUAUACUUAUAGUGUAUAAUAAGAAUAAAUUUUAAAAUAUUCUUACUGCCAUAUUGAAAAAGUACUUGUACAGCUGUCGAUGAAAUUUUUUUAGCGAUAGCAUUUGUGUUUAACAAAAAAUUUUGGUCUUCAAAAAUGAUUAAAAAAAAUUGUCGCAUCUACCACUAAAAUAAAUAAUUUAAAAUUAUUCAUUUAAGAUUAAAUAAAAAAAGAUUUAUAAAUAUUUAAUUAUUGCUGAAGUAACCUAAUGUUACUACAAUUUCCAUGUUAUUCUUUUUUUACCACUUUGUUUUUUAAACGAUCAUACAAGUUGGCAACUAUGACAUUGGUUUUUGCAAAAUGUAACUCAGUGCUACUGAUUAGAGAUACCAUAAAUUGGAAUCGAAUGCAGUAAAAAAGAUGUUGAAAUAUGCUUGCUUUUUUUAAAGCAAAGCUUACGAUCUUAAUGUAUUUUUUUCUCUAUUUUAGAGCUUAUGUUUGUUGUAGAAAAAUAUAUAUCACAUGUCAUACAUUACUAUGUAAUGGAAAGUCUAAGCGUGAAUUUGAUGUUUUAUAUUAACCCUAAGGGUGUAUAUUAAGUUUUUAUGCAAAAAUAAAGAUAUUUAUCACAAAAAA